GCUGCGUGGCCUUCGGUGCGGCCGCUUGGGCAGCCGGCAUGCGGCCGAUCGGUGCCAUCGACCCACCCGUGGGCUUAGGACCCCAUGCGCUGAACCUCGUCCGCCAAGAGGAGGCAGCGGUCGAGCGCGCACACAGCGAGGAGAUCUUUGGCGGAGAGAACAUCCGGCA